UAUUUUAGUUUCAUGGAUGUAAAACAUAUCAGCAAAGAAAAACAACAUUUCACUUUAAAUGCUUUGUUAGAUGAAUUCAAUUCCUUGAAUUAUAAAUUAUCGAUCAUUCAGGAUCAUUCUUAUGGAAGCCAAUUAAUUUCCUCUGUUACAAAGCAAGUUCCAUCGGAUGACAGUUUUUUAGCAGCUAAAGUAUCUCGUCUAAUUGUUAAUUUAGUGCACAAGCAAAAAAUAGCUUUGCUUUCGGAGCAUAUUGUACCAUGUGUGGAGUGGUUUAUACAAGUUUUGAAGAUUUGCUCGGAAAUUGUUCUCUGUGAUAUUCUAGAAGGUUUAAGCGCAGUGUUGAAAGGAAAUGGAGCAGCAUUAACUAAAUAUCAUAAAUGCCUCAUUGAACCAAAUGGCCUUUUAUCAAGUAUAUUAAAAUCAACAACAAAGUGUGAUAUGAAAAGCACAAUAAAUUGUCCAUUUGAUGUAACAUUACAUGUACUCAAGUGCUACGAGUCAUUAGUCAAUAUCAAUGAAGAAAAUCUUAAUAAAAGCAGCAACGAUCUUUGGAUUGCAAAAACACAUUUAGAAUACUGCGGAGAUAUUUUUUUGCAUUAUUUAUACAAAAGCAAAUCUAAUACUCAAGAUGAAUUAAAUUAUUCCCAGGUUUUAUUCACAUGUUUUUCCGGUGCACUUUAUAUUGUGCAAUAUUCAUCAGAGUGGUGUAGUUCAAUAUUAGGAGAUCUUUUGGGUGCAGUAAAAGUACAUAUAUUUCAUGGCUUAAGCAUUGGUGAGAAUUUGAUUCCACAAAAAGUAUUGCCCUCUCAGCAACCAAUGCCAGAAAAUUUGAACAACAUUUGCAGAAUAGGAAGAGGUGGUAAGAUGAUACGUACUAGAAAACAACGUGCGAAUAAUAUAAAAACUUCAUGUGCCCCAGGAGAGGUGCAAACUGCAAAUGAAAGCAAAAUAUAUUCAGAGUCCACUUUUUCAGGAACAACUGCUAAUUGUUCAUUGAUUGUGACUUCUGAGUCCGAUAUUUCAGAUUCUGAGUCAAAUGUAGGUUUUAGGAUAGUGCAUAGUCAAUGCCGAGUCAGACAGAAAGCAUUAGAGCUAUUGCUGAUAAUAAUCAGAGCAGUAAGUAAACAUGAAUUAUUUGGAUAUUGGCAUAGUUUGAUGCCAUCGAAUCCAAGUGAUAACAACAGAUUUUUAAGCGCAUCUGUGAUUAAUGACCCAUCACCAAGAUGUCGUAUAGGAGCACUUAAUAUUUUAACCGCUAUGUUAUCUGGCUCUCGAAAUUAUUUAUGGCGAGCAGACUACUGUGAUAAGAUGGUCACAGCAUUCACGCCGUUUUCUGUUGUUCUUGGAGGAAUGAUAUCAGCACUACACAAUGCAUUAAGAACAGCAAUAUCACAAGAACAAUCUUUUCCUGUUAUAAUUCAAAUAUUAAAAUGUUGCUCAGCACUGAUACAAUCAACACCUUAUCAUCGGUUGGAGAAUGGUUUGCUUGUUAAUUUAGUUUGUAGUAUAAAAAGCUUUGUUAAACAUAAAGAUAUAGCUGUACAAGUAGCUGCCCUCAUAGCUCUGGGCUGUGCUGUAUCAGUACAGCCUUGUAUUCCCGAAUUUUAUGAGUUUAUAUCGAAACCAAUUGACGAUGAUAAAUUAAACAAAACGUAUUUUGGGCAUGAAGAAAAGUUUAAAAACGAAGCCAGUAAUCCUAGUGCAUCACCAACGAUGAAGUCUGCAAUAGAAAAUAUAACAAGUUCAAAUAAAAAUUUGAAUAAUGAUAACACUUUUUCUGAAGAAGAAUUUGAAGAUGAGGAUUUGCCCGAACAUGAUUUGGGGUAUGCUAAUUCUACUGAUAACGCAAAAACCCCUUGGCUAUUACUGAUAUGUUUAGAAAAUUUGGGAGUUGGAAAAGAUGCUGCGCCAGUGCAAAUACGAUUGGAAAGUCUUAAUGUGCUUGCAGCAAUAGGAUCAUCCUAUUUCUCUCUAUUUGAAAAUAAUUUAGACGUUUUAUCACUUGCAAUUGAAACUUCUCUUUUGGAUCAUCACAUAGAAAAUAGGAUGUACGCAGGCAAAACCUUGGAUGCACUUGGUUAUGCAAUGAAUUCUUAUUUAAAUAAUAAAGAUAUUAACAAAAAAUUAUCUCCACAACAAUGUUAUAUUUUCUGGCAAACUCUUUUAAACCCUUUGAUGGGACUUGUGGAAGAUACACAAAAUUCAUUACUGAGAAGUAUUGCUUGUGAUUGCUUGGGAAAUAUUGGCAAUGAAGUUUUUAAACUGUUUCCGCGAGAUAAACAAAUAUUUGUAAUUACUAAUCUCUUUGGCUGCGCAAGGGAUCCGGAAGCAUCUGUGCGGGCUGCCGCUGUCAGAGCAUUAGCUGUUUGUGUGGAAUUUCCACCACUGCGAGAGGAUUUUGGAUUUCUUAUGGAUACUGCUGAUGCAAUUAUAAAUCUUAUGAAGGAAACAAAUUUGCCUAUCAGAAUUAAAGCAUAUUGGUCUCUUGGAAAUUUGAGUGAUGCUUUAGUCUAUGCAGUAACUGAGCAGUUUGAAGAAAUAUCUGAGCCAAUGCUGAUGACCUUACUACGAAUUGCCAUUGAUGGAACAAAAGACAAUGAUCGGGUAAAAUGUAAUGCUAUGAGGGCUGUAGGUAGCUUGCUAUGGCUCCUAAACUCAGAAUUAAUAAUAAAAUCUGAAUGGAAAACUUUGAUUGAUGAAGGUAUCACCAGGCUUACAACUCCCACUGGAGCUAUGAAAGUAAUUUGGAAUGCAUGUUAUGCUCUAGGAAAAGUUUUAAAAAAUAAUUUUUUAUUUCAAGGGUCUGAUGGUAUAAAAUGGCAACAACUAAUUUAUGCAGCAUUAAAUAGUUUUGUUGUAAAAAGUCCAAACUUUAAAGUUCGAAUCAAUGCAGCAGCUGCUUUAGCUGUGCCUGCGGAAAGACAAAACUAUGGCGAACAUUAUCUUUCUACAUGGUCUUCAUUGAUCUUAGGUCUGGAUUGCACAAAUAAUAUGGAGGAUUUCACAGAAUAUAAGCAUAGAGAUAACUUAGUAGACCAGAUAUGCAUUUCAUUGGCACAUUUAAUCAAUCUAUCAACACCCGAUGAUCUCUGCAAUUUACUUAAUAUUGCUAGCCCGAAUAUAGACAUUUUACGGAUGGAAAUGUCACGAGUAUCGGGUCGUCUACUGCCAGAACAAUCAGGCAAGCUUAUAACAGCCUGCAUGCACAUGCAAAUGUUUCUUAUGGAGAAUAAAAUGUCAGUUGAGCAGAGAAACGCUGCCCACGUUAUCAUUUCUAUUUUUAGUGUAUAGAACAAAGAAAUAAAAUAUAUUUUUAAAAUUUCA